AUGCCUGGACAGCCAGAGGAGUCAGCCGGAUUUCGCACACUGCCUAGACGGAUAGUCAUGAUCAGUGACUAUGCAGCAGACAUCGAAAAUUUAUUCUGCAAAAAUCGGCAAUAUCCCGAUGCGAAGUUGAAAGGCAAAAAGAAAUACGGCACGGCUUUUCAAUUAGACGAACAAAUAGAAGUGGAGCUUGUACGGAAUGUCGUCGAAGUUUAUGCCGUCCAAGUUUUCGAAGGCGAUACUGCGUAUGAAGAAUUUAUGGGCGCGGUUGUAGAUCAACUUAUCACUGUACACGACAAAGAUGCCACGCUUCGAGACGGAAAAUUGACAUCUUUAAGAGUCAAAAAGCGAAUGGAAACAAUUACGAAUCUUCAGGCGGAACAACGAAAUACUCAGCAAGAGUUGAGAAGGGAAAGAGCAAAGGCACGGGCGGCGCAAUGGACACAGGAGGAUAUUGAUAAGAUGUAG